AGACAAUGAUAUAAAUGGAUGAAGCAAGUAAGCAAGAUAGCGCAGUGGCGGAGAUAGGAUUUUCUCCACGGGGGUUCAUCAUCUACUGUAUAUACAGUGCACUUUCCCAAUAAAAUGGGUUUGGAUGGAUCCGUUCCAUCCCUCUAGCUUUGCCCUGAGGAUAGGGUCAAUUUAAGCACAACAUAGAAUAAUCUCAUUCAAAUUAAAAAAUCAAUCUGUGGGAGGGAAGAAGAGGAAAUGGCUCAUGCUGCUGUCGUGUCUCUUCAACAAAAACUGCAGGAAAUGCUAAAAGGUGACAAUUCUCGUUACCCUGCAUUACGUCAAGCAGUCAGUUCCUGGCAUGCAUUUUUGGAGGACUCUUUGUCAAUUAGAAAUGCUCCAGAAGAAGUGGAACUUUUGGAAAAGCAUGUUAAAUGGAUGGCAACUGAACUUCUAGGUAGCAUCGACUUAUAUGAACUGAAAAAGAUUACAACUGGCUGUUUCUAUCCAAAAAAUUGGGAAUUGUUCCAGGAAGAGGUAGUGACUGCAGGUUCCGAUAGCAUAAAGGCAUAUUUGAUGAAGGUUAUGAAUUCUCGGAAUGAUAAUGAUGCUCUACUAACACGAGAUACUGUGGAGAGGGAUUCAGAAUACAGUCCCCAUCUCCAAGCUACUGUGUUAGACCUUGAUAAUGACUUAAUGACUGUCAAAUCUCGGCUUAUAGGGCCUCCUUCAAAGCUAGAUGUCGUCUCAAUUGUUGGCAUGGGAGGGAUUGGCAAAACGACUCUUGCUAGAAAAGUUUAUGAUGAUAUUUACAUGGAGCAUUACUUCUACAUUCGUGCUUGGAUUACUGUAUCUCAAAUGCAUCAACACAGAGAAAUGUUGUUGGGCAUUUUGCGGUGUUUUUCACUGGUCAAUGAUAACACCUACCUAAAAAGUACUGAGCAAUUGGCAGAACAAGUUUACAGAAGUUUAAAAGGAAGGAGAUAUCUCAUUGCAAUGGAUGAUGUGUGGAACACCACUGCAUGGGAUGCCGUGAAAAGAUCUUUUCCAGAUGAUAAAAAUGGAAGCCAUGUCAUACUUACUAGUCGGCUAGCAAAUGUUGGUAUUUAUGCUAGCUCAGGCAGCCUUCCUCAUUACAUGCGAUGUCUAAGUGUGGGCCAGAGCUUCAAGUUGUUCAACUUAAAGGUGUUUGGAAGGGAGACUUGCCCCCUUGAACUGGAGAAAGCUACAAAGCAAAUUGUCGAGAAAUGUCAAGGACUACCACUAGCAAUAGUUGUGGUGGCUGGAUUUUGUUCCAAGAUCAGCAAGACGGAAAACUGUUGGGAAGACGUAGCACAUAAAAUUGGUUUGAUUGUGAGUAGGGAAACAGAAGAAUGCAUGGACUUACUUGCCUUGAGUUAUAAACAUUUGCCACAUCACUUGAAGCCAUUCUUCCUAUACAUGGGAGCUUUUCCAAAAGACUUUGACAUUAGUGUGUCAAGACUAAUCAAGCUAUGGAUUGCAGCGGAAUUUCUAGAAGACACAUUUGAAAUGGACUUCGAAGAAGUUGCUGAGGGAUACCUAAAAGAUCUUAUAGAUAGAAGUCUAAUUAUGGUUAAGAAAAGGACCUCAAGUGGCAAAGUCAAAACAUGUGAGGUUCAUGAUCUGUUGCAUGAUUUAAUCAUACGAGAAGCAUGGAAGGAGAGAUCAAUCUACUUUACUAAAUCAAAUGUGAUUCUUUCUCCAUCAGUGGCAUCUUUUGAGCAUCACAUCAUUUUCAAUUUUCACAGAGUCCCAUUGACACGUUUAGAGAUCAUGUAUGAUCAACCUUCACUUCCUCAUGCAACUUCCUUUCUUUGUUUUGGAAGAGAUGGAACUCCUGGAUCCUGUUCUCAGGUUGAUUCGUUUAUCACCUUUACUAACUUCACAUGGUUAACAGUUUUGGAUAUAUGUUUUCAGCCAUUUGACCAUCUACCAUGUGAAAUAUGGCAACUAUCUUCAUUGAGGUAUCUUGCCCUUGCCAGUUUUACUGUGCUCCCUCCAUCAAUAUGCAAUCUUAGGUAUCUUCAGACACUAAUUCGUUACAGUCACCAGGCUAGUAUUUGUUUGCCGGCAGAGAUAUGGGAGAUUAAACAAUUAAGGCAUCUCUAUUUCAGGAAAUGUUGCUACUUUCCUAACAUUCAAUCUGAACAAAAAGAUUAUCCGGGCAAGUCUAGUCACUCCAAUCUUGCAUUAACCAGGCUGCCAACCUUUUUUUAUCAUCCGGGUGAGUUCAGUCGCUCUAAUCUUUCAUUAACCAAGCUGCAAACCCUCUCUUACAUUACCUUUGGUAGUAUUAAAAGCCGCAUCUUCAAAGGCAUGCCCAAACUGAAGAAGUUAGGAAUUCGUGAAAGUGAAGAAGAGCACUUGACUGCUAAAAAAAUGUCUCGAAAACUUAAGAUGCUGGUUCUGUUGGAGAAACUUGACACACUCAAGUGUUUCUUUAUCAAACCAUGGAUACUUAAAGAAUGUGAUGUUUUCCCACCAACCCUCAAGAAAUUGACGUUGCGGGGGUGCCAACUUCCAUGGAACCAAAUGACAAUACUGUGCAUGUUACCCGAACUCGAGGUGCUUAAGCUCAAGGAUUAUGCUUUCCAAGGAUCAGAAUGGGAGUCAACUGACGAACGUUUUCAGCAGCUAAAAUUCCUACUGUUGGAUGGGACUGAUCUUAUCCACUGGAUAAUCAGUUCUAUUCAAUUCCCUAAGCUUAAGAGUCUUGUUCUGAGGAACUGUUAUUGCCUCUCUGAGAUUCCUGAUGAUGUAGCAGAAAUACCUACAUUGCAGUUCAUUGAAUUGUAUCACUGUAGCCCUUCUGCUGAUGUCUCUACAAAUAGGAUUCAAGAAGAACAACAUAGCAUGGGAAAUGACGAUCUUGUGGUGCGAAUCCACAAAUUUUAUAACUCUGAAACUUAAGGUCUGCGUUCAUUUCACCUCAACAAGCAUAUAUAGAGGCUAAUGCAAAGGAAUGAUUCAUCAACUGGAAUUUCUUUUGGGAUGUUAGUAUUGUGCAUAGUGCAUACAAUGACGGACUUUGAUUUGUUGCACUUGAGCUGAGGGUCGUUCGAAAAAAGUCUAUUUGUCUACUUGAGGUAGGGAUAAGGUAUGCGUGCACUCUACUCUCCUCAUACCUUACCUUUGGAAUUACAUUGGAUAUGUUGGAGGAAAAUAGUG